AUGAAGCAUAAUUACGUAGAAAACAAUCCCCAUUUGGGAUAUGGACAUGGUGGAGCGUAUUUAGAGAUCUCAUACAAUGAAGCUAAAAACAUAUGCACAAGAGCUUCUGAUUGUGGUGCAUUGUAUUCUGGUACUCAUUGGGAAUAUUCUGGUAAUGUCAUCAAGCGCAACUAUUUCCACGACUCAACGGGAUUUGGGCAAUUGGGCGGAUUGUCUUACGUCAUUGGAAUUUACUUAGACGACAACCUAUCGAAGCAAAGAGUCUACCAAAACGUCGUUUCUAAUUUUGUUGGUUAUGGUCUUGUGCAGGGCUCUGGAAGGUCUAACAUUAUUUAUAAUAACAUAUUCUAUAAUUGUAAGACGGGGUAUUUGGGAGAUUCUAGAGGACCAAGAAGGUAUCACACGACUCCAAAUGUGUUUUAUAAUUUACUGGACACAAUGGUGAACAAUGGAGUCGAUAGAUAUACUUCUCCGUGGAAAGACCAAUUUCCUGAAUGGGCACUGUUACCAAAAACGUCAGAAGAGUUGAUGAAAGAAGAAAAUUUACAUUGGCUGUAUAUGGAGAACACUGAGAUAUACUGUAAUGUAUUAUAUAAUAACACGUGGGAUCAUAUAUUUACUGACGGUUGUAAUAAGUAUAUGAAAAGAUGGGAGAUGAACACUAACUCGAGUCAAGAUCCAAUGUUUUAUGAUGUUGAUAACAACGAUUAUAGAAUGAGAAAAGAGGGGAAAUUUACAAAUAUAAUUGUUGGGCGGAAAUACCUUAUGAAACUAUCGGAAUUAAUAAACAAGACAGUUCGUAUAGUGUCUUGGCUGAGUUCUUAA